AUGCCUGACCGAUCGCCCAAGAGGCAAAAAGAAGUCCCGCGCUUCCAGAAAACCUGGAACGAACUUGAAGGUGAAGUGAGGAGGAAGAUGAUCGAGCAAUGCAAGCUCGAUGCAUGUUUGGAUGCGUUCCUGGUGGACUUCUAUAAACUCUUCGAGAACCCGAGCAGGUUAUUCCCCGACCUCGCCUCAGUCCCUGUCGAGAGUGACGCAAGAAAGCAAGAUCUCAUAAGCGAAUUAGAAGAGAACAUCAACCGGCUACUUCCCGGCUAUCUUGAUGCUGACACUGACCUCCUUAUGAACAAGGGGCUGAUGGAGGCCCUAAAGAAUAGAUGGGGUACAAUGUACAGGAGGGCAAUCUAUCGCCAAGGUCGCAGCUUUGACCAGAGCCAUAGCUUUGACCAAACUGAUAGCGAGCAGGCGAAGACGCAUAAUAAAUCUGAGGAUGGAUUUGUGCGACGCAUGAAGCAGAUGUCUAUCAAACUGCGGUCCUUCCUACUUGCGGAGCCUAUUGAAGCCGCGCCAAAGGAUCCAAUGCCGUCUUUGAGAGAUACCGCCCGCAAAGAAUUUUACCGUCAGUUCGAGGAGGCGAUUAAGGACCAAGAAUCGUCCUCUUCCUUCGUCUGCGGCGGCAGUAUACCAAUUGAGAAAAUCCCUCUAUCAAGUGUGCGCAUUCGGUGGUCAACUUCUUAUGACUCCACAGACCGGAAGUUGGUCUUACCUCUCAACAAGAACACAGUCGAUUCCAACAGGGAUGCCCUUGAUCAACUAGUAAAAGACUGUACCCCUGCCUCGUUUGGAAGAGGACAAGAAGACGUUGUCGACCCUGAAUACCGGAAAGCAGGGAAGCUGGACCCCUCCCAGUUUGAUACCAGUUUCCACCCCGCCGACUACAAAAUUAUCAGACAUGUUGAGCGAAUCCUCCUUCCCAGCAUCAAGUCACACAAAAAGAAGAAGAACAGUGUGGAGUUUCGCGAAAUCAGAGCCGAGCUGUAUAAGCUGAACAUAUACUCAGGGCCCUCGGGCCUCUUUCGGAGACACGUCGACACUCCCCGGGCUCGCGAUCAGAUUGGCUCCCUGGUAGUCUGCUUGCCGUCAGCCUUUCAAGGGGGUGAUCUGAUGGUCCGGCAUGGUGGAAAGCAGGUCAACUUCGAAUGGAGCGACAGGAGUGCUUCUGCCAUCCAAUGGGCGGCGUUCUACAGCGAUUGCGAACAUGAGAUCAAAACGGUCACAGAAGGCGAGCGAAUUACAUUGACAUAUAAUCUCUACGUGAUCGAGAAUGGAGGGGCAUCGAUUCCUCCUAGCAACGUUCUCGAUCCCCAAAAGUUUUCGCUUUAUACCUUCCUAGAAGGAGGUCUCAGACAGCCCGAUUACAUGACGCAAGGUGGCAUCCUUGGAAUCUAUUGUUCUCACGCAUACCCCCAUACAUCACCCGUCGCCCGGGAGUUGUUACCCAGUAUUCUGAAGGGAUCUGACCUUAUGAUAUAUUCCAUUUUUCAGUCAUUUGGAAUCGAAUGUGUCAUACUUCCAGUUCUCAAAAAUAAGCACUACAGCUGGGAUGAAAAUGACGCAUUCUACGACCAAAAGGAGUACCUUCAAAAGGGGGGCGAUCUUGAGGUCUAUUAUGAGGAAGUUCAAGAAACAGCGGAUGAAAAGGAUGAGGACCUGAAAAAGGCUGACGACCGGUGGAGAACGCUUUUUUUAUCUCGUCGGCCCAGAGGCCUGGCUCAGACAAGAGCCUAUGCUCUGAAGAACGGUCUAGAAGUUCCCGGAGGUGCUGAUAUGGCAAGUGAAAGAAUCGGUGCGAGACUUCACAAGUACAAAACAACGGACAGAGGUCAAGAAGAAGAUAUGGACGAGCUACAAUUGCCCGUACCUUUCCCUUCAUGGUGCAUACACCCGUCUAUGGCUAUAAAGUCGAGCCCUGUAGUCAAUGCCACAUGGCCCAGUGUGAGUAUUCAAGGUAUUACUUGGAUCAACGAACCAGCACACAAGGAGAUGGCCUUCAGCUAUAUCGCGUACGGAAACGAGGCCUCUAUUGGGACCAUGUAUUCAUACGCCGCUAUUCUGGCUAUUGUUCCGCCGUUCGAUGAGCGGAAACGGGUCAUGGACUCAUAG